GAAAGAAACAAGACAGUAUCCAUAAGUGAUAUGUAUUCAGGUGGAAUUUUAAGUAUGUCAGAAGUAAAUGCUUUAACUCCUGAACAAUUUGAGUGGCUGUUUGGAAAUGUUGUGGAACAUUACUCUGAUAUUGCACAAUAUGUAGCACGUAUGAGACCGUUUACAUCUGUUAAAAGUAUGAAGAAAUGUUUUUAUGAAUGUUUAGAUAAAUUGGAUAUUUCUGAAAUGGAAAAUGUGUUACUUAGAUAUCCAGAUUUAGUUGGAAAAUUAAUAGGGGAAGGAUUUUUAACUAGUGAAUUACAAUCUGAGCAAGAAAAUUUUCUACUUGAGUCUAUGUCAAAAGGAGAAACACAAAUACUACGUACUUGCAACGAUUUAUAUAAAGAAAAAUUUCGGAUUCCUUUUGUAAUACAUGUACAGAAAAAUAAGGUACCAACAAUUCUUACAUCUAUUCACUCGCGUUUGCAAAAUACAAAAGACAUCGAGUUACAUGUUGCAAUUCAAGAAGUUAAGAAAAUAUGUAAUAGUAGAAUAGAUCAUCUUGUAUGGUCAGAUAUACAUAUAUGA